GUUGACUGUACGCUGGAGGAAGGUGAACAACCACACCAACCAGGCGAGGGCACUGUUCACACGCAACGGUCUAUGGCGACGGUAGGCUCCAUACACAAGCGGAAGGCGAGCCCGUGACGCACCUUUCAUUGCCAUGAUGCUGCUCGUGAGCUCUUUAGACCCAAGAGGAAUUGUGAUUUUUGACUCAGUUCUGCGCACGCUGCUGUCGUGAAUUGUAUAGGCUAGUGCCGGUGAGGAGCUUAAGGACCCUCCUUAGAGGGAUCGACUCGGAGAAUACGGCCAUCGUAGCAAAGAGGUAGAAGACACCCAUAGGCUUGUGCUGACAGGACAACACAAUGUCAGGUUUAAAAAAGAGAAACUCAAACUCAUCUAACCGAGAUGAAGAGGACAACCAGGUGACGGAAAGGAUGCUCGGAGAAAAUGGGAACUCAAAACGAACUGCUGACGGCUCUCUCGGGAGCCCAGACAAAGAUACGAGCAAUGUUGGAGAAGAAACUGUUGUUUUACAAAGAACAAUAACUCUGCUCAAUGGUAUUGCUAUUAUUGUGGGUACCAUCAUUGGGUCAGGCAUAUUUGUCACGCCGACCGGAGUGGUUAAAGAAGCCGGCUCCAUUGGGGCAUCCUUGAUCGUCUGGGCAAUUUGCGGAGUGUUCUCCACCAUAGGAGCACUUUGCUAUGCCGAACUGGGCACCACGAUCACCAAAUCUGGCGGAGACUAUGCUUACAUUCUCGAAGUUUAUGGCUCUCUGCCGGCUUUUCUUAAAUUAUGGAUCGAGUUACUGAUUAUUCGCCCGUCCUCUCAGUACAUUGUGGCAUACGUGUUCGCCACUUACCUCCUGAAACCCAUCUUCCCUGUAUGUCCGGUACCGGAGGAGGGGGCGAAGAUAGUUGCUUGUUUAUGCAUCUUGCUGCUAACGGCUGUGAACUGCUACAGUGUGAAGGCCGCUACGCGAGUACAGGACGUCUUCGCUGCAGCAAAGCUCUUUGCUCUCGGACUUAUCAUCAUCAUUGGUUUCGUGCAGAUUGGCAAAGGUGAUGUGACGGGACUGCUUCCAGAGAACUCGUUCAAGGGGACAAAGACGGACGUGGGGAACAUGGGGCUCGCACUGUACAGUGGACUCUUUGCCUAUGGGGGCUGGAACUACCUGAAUUUUGUCACAGAGGAAAUGAUUGAACCAUACAAGAACCUGCCCCGGGCCAUCAUCAUCUCUUUGCCCAUUGUGACCAUCGUUUAUGUGCUAACCAACCUGGCCUACUUUACUACACUCUCACCAGAGCAAAUGCUCAACUCUGAGGCUGUGGCAGUGGAUUUUGGGAACUACCACUUGGGACCAAUGGCAUGGAUCAUUCCCGUAUUUGUCGGCCUUUCUUGCUUCGGCUCAGUUAACGGGUCUCUCUUUACUUCAUCAAGGUUGUUUUUCGUCGGCUCUCGGGAGGGUCACCUGCCCAGCCUGCUCUCCAUGAUCCAUCCCAGCCUGCUCACACCCCUGCCCUCACUCAUCUUCACUUGUCUGAUGACUCUGCUCUAUGCCUUCUCCAAUGACAUCUUUUCCGUGAUCAACUUCUUCAGCUUCUUUAACUGGCUGUGCAUUGCCUUGGCCAUCAUCGGCAUGAUGUGGCUGCGCUACAAGAAGCCCGAGCUGGAGCGGCCAAUCAAGGUCAACCUGGCGCUGCCCGUCCUAUUUGUGCUGGCGUGUCUCUUCCUGAUUGUUGUAUCCAUCUGGAAAACACCUAAGGAGUGUGCCAUCGGCUUUGGCAUCAUCGCUACGGGCGUGCCAGUCUAUUACAUCGGAGUGCACUGGCAACAGAAGCCCAAGUGGAUGUUGAAUGCUAUCUUUUCCAGCACUGCUCUGUGUCAGAAGCUGAUGGAAGUGGUGCCCCAGGAGUCUUGAAUAAGAGCGGAUCCCAUAACACCUUGCAACAUUUCAACACUCUCCCCUGCACACACACACACACACACACACACACACAUGACUUGAAACAUUUUUAGUCAGGAUGGCAGUCAUUUAUCAUUUAUUGUACCUUUUAGAGAUCACACUCCCAUGGUAUAAUAAUUCUUGUUUUUAAUCAGGUAACAUUUCAGACAUUCAGUUUGAGCAUUUGAUCAAGUGAGUGUUUGAGCAACCUUGUGUGACCGCAGGCACUGUAGUGUGCGUGUGUGGUGUGCAUGCGAGCGUGUGUGUGUGCAUGUGCAUGCGCAUGCGCAUGUGAGCGCGUGUGUGCGUGUGUGUGUGCGUGUGUGCAUGUCUGUGCGUGUGUGUGUGCACAUGCAAGCAUGUAUGUGUGUGUGUAGUCCCUCCGCUGGGCUACCACAUUCUCCUCUGGUCUCAGCUGCUAAAAGACAUGCCAGUCUCUGUAAUUACAUUCUUAACAGCCUCCUGAAAACACACACACACGCGCCCAUACAGAAACACUCCAUUUGUAGCUGUUCAGGUCUUAAGGGAGAUGGACCAAUGUGCUGUGCCUUUCUUUGUUGUUUUUAUAGGGUCAAGUGUGUUUCUGUAUUUGGAUUAGAUAUUCCUUUGGCCAUACAGUAGAUAUGUUUGUUUCUACUAUUGUUAUCGUUAUCGUUAUUGUUGGUAUUUGGAAGUUGCGCUUGUGUAUUGCUAGCAAUCGAAUCGAAUCGAACACUAACACUACAGUGAGAGUAGCUAUAAAAUACUGUGCUAAUACAUUGCAGUUCAGUACUAAUCGUCAUACAGAAGUACAGUCUUGACUCAGCUGUCUGUAAUGCUGUUCAACUGGUCCAUUCAGUAAAGUACUAACUCGGCCUACUCUAGUGGUCCCAGUACUGACCAACUUCACUGGGUAAAGUACUUAUCUGACCCAGUGUUAGUAUUAGUACCAAGUCAGGUUGCUAAGAAUAGUAUUAAGUCAGGCGAAUACAAGACUGGCACACACUACAUUGAGACAGGACCAAACUGUCCCGCGGAGUACGAGUGGCUAGCUCCAUGGAACAUACCCUCUCCUCUAUAUCCAUUACAUGAGAGAUGCCCUCUCUCUAUCUCUUAUCUCUCUCUCUCUCUCUCUCUCUCUCUCUCUCUCUCUCUCUCUCUCUCUCUCUCUCUCUAUCUCUUAUCUCUCUCUCUCUCUCUCUCUCUCUCUCUCUCUCUCUCUCUCUCUCUCUCUCUCUCUCUCUCUCUCUCUCACACACACUAAGAAAUUAAUUGCAGUACUCCCAGUGAAUACAUUACCUACUGGCACAGUUCAGUAUCAUAAUUUUCUGCCACUGGAAGUCGGCACCACAUUUUUUUUUUAAAAGUGCUAACUCAACUUGCUCCGCUUGAGUUCAGUUCAGUACAGACCAGAGGCAGAGGUCAUUGGUGCAGACCAGACCCACUUCACAAAUCUGCUUCUCAUAGAGAACAGUAUGGCCUUCAUCAAUUGCUGGAACCGCUCCGACCCAUGUAGCGGUUUGUGAUCAUGGCACUGACUUGAAGUGGCGAGUAAUCGCAGAGUACACACUGGAACAGCAAAAACUGACUGUCAUCAGUACCUCAUUAAUGAUCUGCCACACUAGCUCUCUCUUUUUCUCUCUGUGUGUGUGCGUGUAUGUGUGUGUCCGUGUGCGUGAGUGCAGUGCCACAUUCAAGUUACACCCGUCAUGUGUGUGAGAGACAAAGGUGUGUUGAGGAGCCCUUCUGUUGGACCAAAAUCAGCUGUUUUUUCUAUAGGAAUUCCUAUAAAUGGUUGUUUGUGGGAUUAGACACUGAUAUACUGUAUGUUGUAUGUCAUGCGUGAUUGUUUGCAUGUGGGUAUGUGUGUUGGGUUGUGUAGGAAAGGAGAAGGGUCAAUGUGGUGUGUCUAUGUCGAUGAAGAAUGGUGAAUUUGUGUGUGUGUGUGUGUGUGUGUGUGUAUGUAUGUGUGUGUGCGUCAUUGUGAAACCUAGAAGCCGUUAUUUCAUUAGCUACUCGCCUCAGAGCUUUCUUUUUUUAUGUUCUUCUCUUUUUUUCUUUCCAUCAUGUUUUUUUUUUUUUUUUUUUUUUCUUAGGUGUUGCUCUGUUUUGUUCAUCGACCUCUUCUCACGGUGUUGAGCUCGUAGAGCAGCAGUUUGACUAACCCUGUGGGUCGUGCCCCGACCCUCAACCGUUCUGUAGAGGGACUUAUUUAUUUGUAGAGAUUAUACUAUAGUGCUCUUAUUUGUAUUUGUAUGGGGCAUUUGUAAAAACCGCUUUAGAAAUUAAAAAAAAAAAAUGUCAGUCAGCA